AUGUCCCGCGCUCACGCUGUUGCACGGUUGAACUUGAGUGAUGCUACGCUUGGUGCUUUUGCGUUCGUUCCGCCUUCGGCAACACUAGACCAUCUAGUGCGAUACCUGAGUACAUGGAAUGGUACCGACAAGUUGUUCACGCUUAUCCAAUAUACACUGAAGCUGGCGGCUCCAGUCCUGAUUGCACGUUCAAGACUUCAGCAUCGCAUUGGUCUUCGAAAGGAACCUAUCAGAAACGUUUCGUCUUCUUUUGCAAGGUUCGCUGAUAUUAUAGGCGACUUCAGGAUGCUGGGCCGUUUCUGCGGCCUUUUCCCGGUUCUUCAAUGGAUGAUAUCCAUGGAACGAAAUCCCCCUCCAACACGAGCCCUUCUCAACAUAGAGCGCCUCCAGGGGUGGUCCAUGCUCUUCUACUAUCCCCUUGAACACCUUUACUAUCUCCGCGCACAUGACCUCAUCCCGGCCGCUAUUCCUUCUAUCAUCUCGCUUGCUGGGCGCGGCAGCUUUCGGCGACUCAACCUGAAUGCUGGCAAACUGGCAAUGUGGUCAUGUCGAGCAUGGACAGUUUACGUGCUCCUCCAAUUUGCCCACCUGAUCGAAGACAGAAAAUUGCUGCUGAUGAAGGAACGGCACCUCAAGAAAGGUAAAGACGUUUCUAUGGAAGAAAAGAAGGACCUUAGCCAAAGAUGGGAUGUCUUCUGGAACGAGGUGGUCGCCAAUACAGCUAAUUUGCCGUUGGCUAUUCAUUGGUCGUUGGAAAAGGGAUUUUUUUCGAACGAACUGUGGCCAACAAUAUUUGCGCUGGUCAAUGCUAUGGCGUCUCUCAGGAGUGGGUGGAAGGCUACGGCCUUGCCCCGACAAAAACCAGCCAUUGACAAUGACGUGGGUGACUCCAAUAACCCUUUGGUAUCAGUCGAGAAGCAAGAGAUGUAG